ACAGCUCUGCGGCGUGUGUGUGUUAGUUCGUGUGUGUGUUAGUGUGUGUGUGUGUGUGUGUAUAUUAUUUUGUAGUUGCGCGGACAAAGGCGUGUCCAUGUCUGAGUCAUGCAUAUAACCAGAGGAGUGGCGAUAAGCGCAGUCCCUCCGGUCCUCAGCGCACUGUGCACCGGCUCUCUCACCGGCAGCAGACGCAACCUCUCCACGAUGGCUGAGCACGCUCCUGAACAAGUGGUAUUCAACAAGCCCAAGGUCGAGCUGCAUGUGCACCUGGACGGAGCCAUCAGGGUGCAGACUAUUCUCGACGUUGCCAAGAGACGCGGCAUCCACCUGCCUGCAAAUGGUGUCGAGGAGAUGACGUCGAAAAUUAUUGUGGAAAAACCCGCCACCCUCACGAAGUUCCUGGGCAAGUUUGCGGAGUACAUGCACGUGGUUGCCGGGGACAGAGAGGCCAUAAAGACGAUAGCCUACCAGUUUGUUGAGGACAAAGCGAAAGAGGGAGUGAUUUAUGUCGAGGUCAGAUACAGCCCACAUUUUCUGGCCAACACUAAAGUGGAUCCUUUGCCAUGGAACCAGAAAGAAGGCGACCUGAGUCCAGACGAGGUGGUGCAGCUGGUUAACGAAGGCCUCGCCGAGGGGGAGAGGAAGUUCAAUAUCAAAGCCAGGUCCAUUCUAUGCUGCAUGCGCCACAUGCCAAGUAAUGAACAGUUCACGCUCCUGUCUGCAAAAUCUACCUUGUGAGAUUAGGGUUCCUCA